AAUCACAAAUUUCACAGUACCGCUUUGGCGCUCUGGAGACAAAAGCAGGCUCAAGUCGUCCAGUAGUGAUGGAAGAUGCCUGGUCGGAGAAAGUUGAGCUCUCUGAUUAGUUCUCGACCCCAAAGAAACCAAUGCCCCGCUUUUCAGCUGCUACUCAUGGCUUUCCCACGUCAGGCGCGGUCAGGUUGGGCCUUUGGCUUCUCCGAUCCCAUAAAACCCAAGUCCGGCUCAUUCCCUCUUUGCAUUGUGGUGCUUUCAUGCUUCUUGUUUGUGUCGAAGUUGUUCCUUUUCGGAUUUGUUUUGUGUCUUAACCGAUCGAUGGAAUAUGGCGUCCAAAAGCUCCCCAGUAUGUGGAAGUGCUGGAGGCUCAGAAGACACUUCAAGUGGCAGCCCAAAGCCCAAGAUCAACCGUACACGCACAGGCUGUCUUACUUGUCGAAGGCGAAGGAAAAAAUGCGACGAAGCAAAACCGGCUUGCAAGGCUUGUGUAAAAACGAAUGUUUUCUGUGAAGGUUACCCUCCACUAACCAUUUGGGGAAAUCGGAGGGUUGGCAAAAGAAUUCCAAAGACGAAACCAACUCCAAUUGCUUUUUUGGAGACGCUGGAAAGGACUGGAGGGAUGAUGACGGGACGAAGCAGUGCCAAUGUGAACAUGUUUCCACCUCAGAAUGCUGGCACCUUCGACGAUGAGACGUCUGACCCCAACCACGAAAUGGCUCAGUGGUGCAAUGUACCAAUAUUACCCCAAUCCUCCACGAUUUGUUUCGAUCAACGCAAUGGCAGCUUCGAAGACGACGCAGCAGACGAUGACUACAGCCUUCUGUUUCAACAACCCAGUCAACCAGCUCCUUUCGGCGAGCAAUUCGUGUCAUACAAGCAGGCGAUAUCUGCAUUCAGCACUCAGCAAGCCAACUCCGGAAGCUUCCUUAUUGGUCGAAGCAGGACCGUCGAGACAAUAACCUCUCAGGACGUGGCCCGGCCGCGUUGUAUGCCCCCUGAACUCCCAUUUCUUAUAUCUGGAUUGGAAUCAACUCUCCAUAGGCGACUGUUUUAUCACUUCACGCAUGUCAUGUCUAGAGUGUUGACCACGUCGAGUGAUGAUUCUAACCCAAUGAAUUCCAUUGUGACGCCUCUGGCUCUGGCAGAUCCGACCCUCAUGCACACUCUCCUCUCCCUCGCUUGCUCUCAUCUCUUGAAUCUCCAACCGGCCGGGAUGAGCCCCGAACUUAGCGGAGAGAGGAAUCGACUUCACCAAAAAGCUUUGCAAACCCAGACGCAACGAAUAGAAGCACUGAAAAGAACUGCAGCAGCCAUUGCCUCACAAUCUUUGUCCCAAGAUCGGGACGCCAUUUUCGCUACUUCCCUUCUACUCUGCCUGUAUGAGAUAUGUGAAGGAACAGGUGGUGAUGGCUGGCGAGUCCACCUCCAAAUGGCACGGGAGUUGCUCAACAUCACCUCAACAGCGACAAUGAACCCUUUCCUUCUCGAAUUCUUCCUUUAUCACGACUCGCUCGCUAUGGUCACGGUGCCUUCUUCGACACCUCGUAUCAACUGCCCCACUAAUCUGUCCGAUCAGAACCCAUCCCUCGUCGGUGUUCAAGACGGUCUUAUCGAAUACGUUACACGCAUAUCGUCACUGCGUUCGGAAGCUGGGCCUGGCUCAUUUCCUCCGAAAUACGACAUAAUCAACAAGGCUCUGGAGAUCUGGGAAGAUCUUUUUCGCUGGAAGCCAAAAGACACGCCUUGCAAAGAUCGAGAACUGAUCGCGCAGUUCUAUCAAUGGGCACUCUUUAUCUGGCUCUUCUCCAUCAUCUACCCAAACGGAAAGUCGGACCCCCUUGUUCAGUCUGCUGUCAAAGAUAUGGCAGCUGGAAUGACCGAGAUCAUAUCUGGCGAUGGGGUGAUGGCUUGUUUGCUCUUUCCAUUAUUCGUCGUUGGAUCCGCGGCGAUACGGCAGGAGGAUAGAAAUGCUGUCACGAAGCAUUUCAAACGGGUGCGAGCAUGGAGUAGCUUGGGAAACGUGGAUCUGACGUUCGAAGUGGUGAAGAAGAUGUGGGAAGACCAUGACGCCGGCCAGCCGCGAAGCUGGGAUUGGGUGAUUCAAUUGGAGAGGCAUGGGAUGAGCUUGCUCGUAACGUAGCCUCGCAAGAUAAUGUGACCAUGGCCAGAAUGUUCUUAGAUUAGAUUGUGCGAAGAAUGGGAUG